AAUAAAACCGAUAAAUCAUAGCGAAACUUAGAGCAAACAUCUAGGAGGUCUCGUUUCCAACUUGCGAACCGUCUUCAACCACGUUUAACCUGCCAACCUUACUCCUAAUGCUUCCCUGGACUUUGUAUUGACUUUGGUCCAGCCUUGAAUUACUUUCCAUUUUGCGUCUGUGUUGCAUUUGGUAAACAUAUCCAGCUACCAGAAUAGUGAGGACAGAUUUACUUGCCGAGGCUGCCUCGCGCGGCGACAACAAACGUCUACCAACCCAAGAUGAAGAGCUGGUUAUCUGCAUUAGUCCUUUUGGGCACGUCCCUAUGGACCUCUCAAGCAUUGGAAGUUAAGAUAGAUGAUACCGAAGAGAACCAGCAGAAAUGUGCUGGCAUGUAUAGUAGAAGUGCAUGGGGUGGUCCGGUAGAUCCUUUCAUCCUCACAGUAUUCCCGAACAAGACGAUCGAAGGCGACGAUGAUCCCAUCGUUAGUUUAGUCAUAUUCGAAUGGAAAGACCAAGAUCUGAUCGGGGUCUACCCACAAGCCGACUCGCUUCAAAAAGAACUCAUUUGCGACGAGGAGAAUGUCCGAGCUAGCUUGUGCAACGAGACAGACAUCGGCGAAUGGAUUCUAUCACCCAACGCGACCGAGCAGUCGGAGAAUUUUAUCCUUACUCAAGCUAUCCACCUUAAGUCCGCGCCGCCCAUCAACUACCCCAUUAAGAAGACGGGAUAUUAUUGCGUUUACGCCUAUGGUUUCAAUACUAAGGAUUAUAUGGGAGUUGUCGAGUUCCGAGAGGCAUAUGGCGAGCUUCCCGCAACCCAGAUCCCUAAACUUCCAUUCUAUGGGGGAAUAACUAUCGUAUACGCCCUAGUUGCCGUAUUUUGGGGCUUCCUCUAUUAUCAACAUAGAUAUGAUAUCCUGCCCGUUCAAAACUACAUCACUGCCAUUCUCGUCUUUCUAGGUGUCGAGAUGUUGAUGACCUGGGGAUUUUAUGAUUAUUUGAAUAGGAACGGUUCCAACAUUGGAGCUAAGGUUCUCCUAGUCUUGGUGGCCAUUCUCAAUGCCUUCCGUAACUCAUUCUCAUUCUUCCUACUACUCAUCGUGUGUAUGGGUUACGGAGUUGUGAAGCCCUCACUAGGCAAAACUAUGGUGUAUGUUAGGUGGUUGGCGAUUGCUCACUUCAUCUUCGGACUGGGUUACGCCAUUACCAGUCUACUCGUUUCCCCGGAUACAGCUAGCCCCUGGCUUCUCCUCAUCGUACUUCCGUUAGCGGGUACCUUGACUGCCUUCUACGUGUGGACGCUCAACUCGCUCAACUUCACGCUUAAAGAUCUGCGCGAGCGUAAGCAGACCGUCAAGGAGACCAUGUACAAGAAGCUCUGGUGGUGUAUCCUAAUCAGUAUUCUUGUCACAUUUGGCUUCUUCUUUUUCAACUCCUUCUCGUUUGCCUCGGCGUCUGACCCGGACUACGUUCCUUUCCACUGGAAGUCACGGUGGUUCGUUAUUGAUGGAUGGCCAAACUUGGUCUAUCUCGCCGAUGUAGCUUGGAUCGCGUAUGUGUGGAGACCUACAGCGAAUAACAGACGUUUCGCGAUGAGUGACGAAAUCGCCCAAGAUGAGGAUGGUGGAUUCGAAUUUGCUGAUGUGGGUGCUCCUGACUCGGACGAUGAUGAUGAGGCGCACAUCGGCACUAAAGUUGCCCAAACACGGUCGGCACCAGCGGCGAACGUUACUUCCACGGCAUCGCAACCACUACAGAGCAGAGCCCCAGCGAAACCCGAGACACCACGGGAUUCUUUCGAUGGAGAGACGAUAUUUGCAGUUGGAGAAGACGGUGACAAGUUCAGUGACGAUGAUGAAGACGAUGACGACGACGACGACGAUGAGGAGGAGGACGAAGAAAGGGGCGAAGGGUCUAAGCUCGUUAGUGGAAAGAAAAAGUAAACCCGUCGCCGACCAUGAAAAUCAGGCGAGGCAGGAGUGGUAUCAACCGUUGUAUUUGGAGCUACCCGCUUUCGUUACUGUACUAUUAUAGACGGCGUUGGAUGCUGAACUACCAAACAUGCCUGGGAAGGCCUAUCGAGGUAGGGUAUCGAUCGAUCGGCACGAAUUGACCGCUUGAGAGAACGGCGGUAGCCCUUGUUUUAUUUAAGGUACAUCAUCACAUGGUAGCGCAAG